UUCUUUCUGGAUUGCACCACAUUAGCUUCAACUCCUUCACUUUCUUUAUGAACAAUCUUGAAUUUCAUAACACCAAUCGAACAAAACACCCCUUUUUCCCCCAUUCUCCUUACUCCAAUCACUCAAUCAAGUCGUCUUCAAUCUUGUCCAACGUGGGCUUUCUCUUCUUCACUUCAAGUUCCAUCAUUUAAUCGCUUCACAUAUUCGAUUCGAGUGCUAUCUUUCUUGAUCUAUCUUCUAAGGGAUGAAAGGGAAAUUUGGGCCAUCGGGGACUUACUUCCCGUUGAAUACAGGUGCCAAGAUUCCGGCGAUCGGGCUUGGGACGUGGCAGAGUGGCGGUGACUUCUGUGUGGAGGCUGUAAAAACGGCUAUAUCGGUUGGAUAUCGUCACAUUGAUUGUGCACACUUGUAUGGGAAUGAAGCUGAAGUUGGGGAAGCACUGGCUCAGGUUUUCAAGGGUUCGUUGAAAAGAGAGGAUAUUUUCUUGACAUCAAAGCAUUAUUGUACCAUGAAUUCUAUUAAUAAGAUUGAGAAUUCUGUUAGAGUUUCUCUCAAGAAUCUUGGGGUUUCAUAUUUGGAUCUUUACUUGAUGCAUUGGCCUGAGAGUUCUGCGUUUGGUGAUGCCACUGAUCCUCCUGCCAAUUCAGGUAGUGAAUAUAGACAGUUUUGGAGUAAGUUGAAAACCACAUGGAAAACAAUGGAAAGAUUGGUCGAAUUGGGUCUUGUUCGAGCUAUUGGAUUGAGCAAUUUCGACAUACAGCAGAUAAAAGAGUUGCUUAAAUUUGCCAGAAUUGUGCCUGCUGUAAAUCAGGUGGAGUUGCAUCCUUUUUGGAGGCAAGAUGAGCUUGUAAAGUUCUGUCAAUCAAAAUCCAUUCAUGUAUCAGCUCACACACCAUUAGGGGUACCAUCUUGUCCUCCUAAAGCAUCUGAAAAUGGAUCAAGCGACGAUGAACCUGGAACACCCCGUAUGUCGUUUAGAAGAUCAAGAUCAGUCCACGGGCCGAUGCUAAAGUUGUCUGUAGUUGCAGAGAUAGCAGACAGACAUAAAAAGACUCCUGAACAGAUUAUUUUGCGGUGGGGUCUUCAACGUGGGACAAGUGUGCUGCCAUGUAGCGUGAAGCCUGAGAGGAUACGACAGAACAUUGAUGUGUUCAAGUGGAGUUUGUCGGAUGAUGAAUACAAACGGUUAAACCAGAUAGAGCCGCAAGUGUGUUUAUUUGGAAGCGGGUCUUUGGAUGCUAUCUUAGAGAACGAGGGGUCUGGUCUCGCAAGCGGUCCUCUUCAAGCCGUUAACGAACAAGACGAUGAUGCCGAGUAGAUGGUAUCUUUUGCAUUAUGUUCAUGUGUGUGAUGUAAUCAAAUACAAUAGUUGUAUUAUGUUCUUAUGUCAUGUAUAAAAGUACUUUGGGGGAUGUUAAUUUACUCUUUAUUUGAUAUGUUUUCUGAUAUUCUGAUCA